UUGCGCGCCCGGCGGGAUCGGGGCCCCCGGGGAAGCCCCGCCGCCCGGCCCUGCCCGGCUGGGGGUGGAGGGGGACGGACGGGGGCCGCCAGCGCCGCUUCCCCGCGGGCUCCGCGCGCGGCCCCCUCCGCCUCUCGCCUCGCCCGCGCCACGGCUCCGCUUGGGAGGGAGGGUAGGCGCGCGCCCGCCGCUUCCCCCGGAGCCGGUCUCUCGGAAGGGGCGAAAGCCGCCGCCGCCGCCGCCGCGUGAAGAGCGCCAUGCCCGGCUCGUCCCCCGGGGGGACGUGGCUGACGCCCGGUCCUUAGGCCCCGCACCCGCCGCUGGCUCUGCAGCCUCGCACGGUUUCUAGGAGGAAGGCAGAGCGAUGUCCCGGCUCUCUCUGACACGGUCCCCAGUUUCUCCCAUUGCUGCUCAAGGAAUUCCUCUCCCUGCCCAGCUCACCAAAUCUAACGCCCCGGUGCAUAUUGAUGUAGGAGGUCACAUGUAUACCAGCAGCCUAGCAACUUUGACCAAAUACCCAGAUUCCAGAAUAAGCCGCCUCUUUAAUGGCACAGAGCCGAUUGUCUUGGACAGUUUAAAACAACACUAUUUCAUUGAUCGAGAUGGUGAAAUAUUCAGAUACAUCUUGAGCUUCUUAAGAACUUCAAAGCUGCUGCUCCCGGAGGAUUUUAAGGACUUCAGUCUUUUAUAUGAAGAAGCCAAGUAUUACCAGCUGCAGCCGAUGAUCAAAGAACUGGAGCGAUGGAAGCAGGAGAAAGAGCAACAGAAACAUUUCCAGCCCUGUGACUGCUUGGUGGUGAGGGUGACUCCGGAUCUCGGCGAGCGGAUCGCGUUGAGCGGGGAGAAGGCGCUGAUUGAGGAGAUUUUUCCAGAGACGGGGGAUGUGAUGUGCAACUCAGUGAAUGCUGGCUGGAACCAGGACCCCACCCACGUCAUCCGCUUCCCCUUGAACGGGUACUGCCGGCUGAAUUCGGUGCAGGUUCUUGAACGGUUGUUCCAGAAGGGAUUUAAUGUGGCAGCGUCCUGCGGUGGAGGCGUAGAUUCCUCCCAGUUCAGUGAAUAUGUGCUGUGUCGUGAAGACAGGAGACCACAGCCCAAUACCACCAUCAGAAUAAAGCAAGAACCCCUGGAUUAAGGACUGACUCCCUCCCUCCUUUGAGACAGUAGAUGUGUUCAAAGGUCCCUUGGGUGGAAACACUCAGGACCCCCAGAACAGUAUUAUGCAGGAGCAGCCAGCCUGUUUCUGAAGCAACCCUGUUGCAUGGCCAGCCAUGACUCUCACGUGGAAACGAGGACAAUGACACAAGACAGAGUUGUUUGUAUUAUUACGCAAGUCAUCGCAGUGCACUUGGAAGCCUGGCGUUUUGUGGGAUUGUUUUGGCACAUGGAAAGUAGUGAUGCUUCUGUAAAGAACUAACUGGACUGAAUUUGGUAGAAAAGACCAGCUUAUGUAAUUAAAGUAUGUCUCACUGAAGGAAUAAGCCCAUCGGCUUUCUGGAGGAUAGCCCCUCUGUCCUACAAAUGUGUCAAGAUCUUGAUAGCUGCCAGAAGAAAGCUGGUGGGAUGCUGAGUGUCUUCCCUGAACCCUGUACUAUCUCUGGCCUGUCAGUCAUUACUUUCCCCUCUCCAUUUGUUACUCAUGAUCUUUUGCUCAUCUCUUGGAUUCAUUGUAUUAUGGCUUAUUUUUCUACGAUGAUUGUCUUAGAGGAGCCAGUUCAGGUAGCGACCAGAGCUGUUAAUGGUGCUGAACCUGAGUUCAUUUUUUCCACUCCCACAUCUUUGCUGUCCUCCUUCCCCCAUACACAUAUACAUCUCACACAGUUGCAAAUCCUUUAAAAAAUGAGGUUCAAAUCAAUUUUUGCAAAAUUGUGUAACUUUAAAUAGGUCCUGAGAUGAGGCCAAGUUAAGUUAUGCUGGUUUUUAUUGUCGUUAAGAACGGGAGCUGGCUAAAUUGUGUCUCAAGUCACCUCUCAUUCUUCAUUUGAAUUCAGUUUCCAUAUUGCCUUGACACAUGGAAAUGGAUGAUGCCACACUGAUUGGAUGUUGGGUGUCACCUUUUUAAAUGACACAAAAGUGUGAUGCAUUUCUUCUUUUGAGCAACCACUUUAAAUAUUUUGCUUCCAUUCACAAAUCCUUUGGCAUCAGCAUUCUUUGAGAAAAUAAACUUGGUUUUCAAUC